CCUCUUCUCGCCUGAGCGAGCAAAAACUAUCUUCUUCAUCUUCACUGUGAACUUCCAUGGCGUCUUUCCCGGCAUAUGGCGAAGCCGCUGGGUCAAGAUCCGGCGGGAAAAUUGUUCGAGCUAGGCGAGUUCAAAGUAGGAAGACUCCUUAUGAGCGUCCUGGACCUUCGAAUUUGGGCCCUGGAGGAAACCCUAGUUGGAUCUCUAAGUUCAUUUUCUCGCCUACUCGUACCAUUGCUACCGGCGCUGGAAAAUUGCUCUCUUCUGUCUUCGUUUCUGAUUCCUCGUCAUCCUCUUCGGAGAGUGAUUCAGAGGAUGACGAUGAGGACGAUGUUCGUGAUGAACGUCAUGUCUUUCAGGGAGCUGAAGGAGGGAAGAAGAAUGGGACAUCAGAGAUGGUCAGCUUAUUUAGGAAGGACUUUCCACCAGAGAAAAAAGAUAGCAAGCAUCUAAUUGAACAGCUACUGAUGCAGGAGACCUUCUCUAGGGCAGAGCGUGACAAGUUAGUUCAGAUAAUUGAAUCAAGGGUUGUAGAACGUCAAACCUUUGAAGGCCAUGCUGCAGAGAGGCUGACUGAGAUAUCAAACAGAAAUGUUGAUAGUGAUGGUGGCAGGCCUGCAGUCUGCAGCUCAGCAAUUCUUGAGGCAAAAAAAUGGUUGAAUGAAAAACGAUUAGGACUGGGGUCUACUUCGACAUUAAAAUUGGAUGAUGGACCAUGCACCUUGAAUUCCACGAUGUUGCCUAUGGUUAACAACGAAGAGAUGGGUUCACCUGUAGAUGUAGCCAAAUCAUACAUGCAGGCACGCCCUCCAUGGGCCUCUCCGUCCACGAAUAAUUUUGAGUUCAAGUCUCCCUCACCAUUAGGGUUACAGCUUUUCAAAGAAGAAACAUCAUAUUCAAUUAGUGGAAAUCCACUGUCUUCAUCUAGGAUUAAAAGGGAAUCUCCUACCAGUGGAUCAUGGAACAUCCAGGAGGAACUACGACGUGUGCGUUCCAAAGCAACUGAAGAAAUGCUAAGAUCUCCAUCUUCCAAAUUUGAUUGGUCUUCACUUGCCACAGGCUCAGACUACAAAACAAAUUUAAGUUCUACACGUUUCAACCAUCUGAAAAUUCCUAGUGGAGAUAAAAUACAACAUGCUGUGAAGCCAAUAGAUAAAUCAAUGUAUUGGUCCGCAGACAAUACCGUUACUCAUAACUUAUCGGAGUCAAAGACUGCAGAAGAUGUGUCAGAAAAUGAAGCUUGCCAACUCGGUACAACAAGCAUUGUUCUACAACAGGAUAAGGAUUUGGAAACCAAUCCUACCACUCAGAUGAAAGUAUCAAAUUCAAGUUUAGAUGAGAGAGAAUGCUCUACAAUGCACGAAGAUGCGGGGCUGGCCAACGGUUUUCCUCCACUACCUAGUUCUUCGGGGGAGCUUGGUGUAGAACAGAACCAUUUUAACAAUAUAGUUGAAGAAAACAAUUCAUCAGGUCAUGAUCACAUGGCGAAAGACCAGCCUGUGGAGGAGCGAUGCGAACUUUUAAGUGAAGUGUCCAUGGAGGUUCCAGAUAUGAAUGAAACCGAUACUGAUAAAAUUGUAUCGGACGGAAAUGAUGCUAGUAAAGUUGUAUCGGAAGACAACAGUAGCUGUAAAAUCUCCAAAGAAAACGGCGGUGGUAAUGUUAAGAGUGUGGAGAAGCCAAGUUCAGAAAGCGGGGUCGCAGUGGGGAAGACUGGGAGCGGAACGGCAUAUCUGCGACGGGGAAGACGGAGAAACUGAGGUGGGGGGUAACGAGAAUAUAGUUUGUGUUGAAUUUUUGUUUUGAAGCAAACAUUGAACAUAAAACUUUUGACCAUUAGCUCCUCAAGCAAGGCGGUUGUAUCAUGAGUAGUUUGUAUGGAUUUGUAUAGAGCUAGAUCAUAGAAUCAGCUUGAAUAAGCAGCAGCAGCAACAACAACAACAAAAAAGAAGCUUUGUGUAUUUAAGUUGUGGAGAAAUUCUAUGUUAUAAGUGGCUAAAUUCUAGGUUUUUGUAUCCA